AUGCCUUUGAGCAGUAGAAAACAUCGACAGAAAGAAGCCCAAAAGAGCAGUUGGCAGGAAAAAUAUUUUGUUCACGGAGAUUUAUCGGAUAUCGUGGCAUACGUUCAAAGCCAAACGAAUGGUUGUAAUAGCUCAUCUGUUCCAGACGAAAUGAAUAGAUAUAUAUACAGACUUCAUCAUAUUGCUGUAGAAGCUGAUGCAAUACUUCAUGAUCGUGUAUCGAAAAUUUCGUCCUUAGAACAAGAAGUUAUCAAUCGACUUGUCCAAGAACGACAGGAUAUUAUUAAUAAAAUAAUAAAGCAGGGUGGUUCACAAAUGAAUGUAGUGGAUGAUUAUUAUCGAAAAUUAAUAGAACAAUUUAUUGCUAAAUUAGAAAUUGAAAUGUCAAAACAAUUAGAUUCAGUACAAAAACAAGUCGAAGCUAGAAAAGAACAAGUUGUCAGCGAUUCAAAUAAGUGCAUUAAGGAUUUAGCAAUGAAAUCACAGACAGCUAAACAAGAAUGUCAUCAGCAGUUGCAAAGUACUACUGAAUCUGAGCGUCAAAAAGUAUUGCGUCAAAUUUCUGAUAUUUCCACGAAAAAAGGACGCCAACCUCUUGCUUUUGAACAAUUAAAAAAAUUUAAUGUAGAAAUAUAUUCUACUGUAGGCACUAGAGAAGAUGGACAAGAUUGUGAUAAUAUACCUGAUAGAAAAAAAUUUAUCAGAGAUAUUAAUGAGGCGAAACUGAACCACCGUUCUAAAAGAACUGUUUAUAUUGGAAAUAGUCAUCAUUCAAUACAAGCAAGCUGA